AUGGGGCUGAGGCUGGUUGACAAGGUAAGGUCAUUCUGAGCAUUGAUAUACUCUUACUUGAAAUGUAUUUGUUUUUUGUUUUUUUGUAGAAUUUGCCAUCAAAUAUUAUUACUGAUGCACUAUGCAUAAUAGCCCUAUCUGUAUGCUUUGUAAAAAAAUUUGGUCACAUAUUAUGUGCACAGAUGGUAAAUAAACCUGAACUCGAGUUGCUCUCAGAACGGCAACUGGCAUUUGAACUGCCUUUUAGAGGUUGUUUUUCAUUACUAUAAAUCAGAUAGACAACAAAGCACUAACAUUGAUUUCUGCACCCAGAACCAAAUACAGUGUACAUGCUGGUCAGCUACUCAAUUUGUUACAUUUAUGUAACAGUCUGUCACAGGAGACUAACAUUGACAGAAAACACAGCACUAACAUUGAUGUACAUUAUAUAAACGGUUCCCCCUAUCUUUGGCAGCAAGGGCCUCAGAGCCAGAAGAUGGUGAUCUUCGGAGCCAUCUUCCUCCUGAUGACCCUCCUCAUCCUCUUUAGCUCCAACAGCGGCAACGACAUCAGUCCCUUCUACAGUCCCUUCCGGGCGUCCUCGCCUCAUCACGCCAUCAAGGUCACUGACCUCAAGAAAUGGGCAGGGAAGGAGGGCUAUGUGGCUGUCUAUGGAAACAAGGUAAUUUACACUCAGGGUUGGAAUUACAGAGAAAAUCUAUGGAACCUCCAUUUAAUCCAAGAGACCUGGUCAAGAAGGCUACAUCUUGUAUAAAAACAGAACAUUAAAGAAAUGGGUUAAUUUGAACCCUGUUCUGCUCACACUUGCGGGGUCAAGUUGAAGUGGUGGACAAAAAAUGCUUAGCACUGGCUAAAUAGUAGUAGUGGGUGGAUUAUAGUCUCUACCGCAUGAUCCAUAGAAACAAUAAUGCAUAGCCCAAAAACAGACACAAAUGCAUUUUAGGAACAACUCCUGUCCAAAUCGAGUAAAAAAAACUUGUUGCACAAUCCAUACAGCUGUGUUCAUGUAGCUGCUUUGUGUAUGACUGUGGUGAGCUUUUGUUUCGAACUACUAUUUAACUUCCACUGAGUUUUCAGAGAGCGAGAGAGAGAGAGAGAAAACACAGGGAGACAAACACCUAACUAGAGGUGACAGCAUCCCCUCCCCAAUAUGCCCCCCUAGAUACAACUAUGACAAAACAACCAACAACUCCUGCAGCUCUGUCGCAAGCUGGGUCUGUACAUACUCAAUGGUAGGCUUCGAGGGGACUCCUAUGGUAGGUACACCUAUAGCUUAUCUCUUGGCAGUAGUACAGUAGACUACUUUAUCACCGACCUCAACCCAGAGUCUCUCAGAGCAUUCAGUCGGCCCGCUGAGACACCACUAUCAAAUCACAAUCUACUUGAACAGAGCAAUACUCAACCAUAAGGCAUCGAAGCCGAGCAAACUGCAUGCUUUUAAGAAAUGUUAUAGAUGGAAGGAGGGUAGUGUAGAAACCUACCAAAAAACAAUUGGCUAACAACGAAUCCAAUCCCUCCUAGACAACUUCCUUGACAAAAUGUUUCCCUGCAAUAGUGCAGGUGUAAACUUAGCAGUAGGAAGCCUGAACAGUAUAUUUGACCUAUCAGCUAACAUAUCACAUUUAAUUUCAAGCAGAAAACCUAAAACUAACAACAAUGAGAAAUGGUUUGAUGAAGAAUGCAGAAACCUAAGAAAGAAAUUGAGAAACCUAUCCAACCAAAAACAGAGAGAACCAGAAAACCUUAGCUUACGCCUUCACUAUGGUGAAACAAUACAUAAAUACACUAAGAAAAAAUAAGGAACAUCAUGUCAGAAAACAGCUCAAUGUGAUUAAAGAAUCCAUAGAAUCAAAUAACUUCUGGGAAAAUAGGAACACACUAAACAUACAACACGAAGAGCUAUCUAUCCAAAAUGGAGAUGUAUAUGUUUUGCUCUUUGUUCUAUGGCCGAAAAGGUUGGAGAAAUGGUUUACCCAUACAAGAUAAUUUACAAAACUUAGAAUCAGCUAUUAAAGACUACCAGAACCCACUGGAUUCUCCAAUUACAUUGGAUAUGCUACAGGACAAAAUACAAACCCUCCAACCCAAAAAGCCCUGUGGUGUUGAUGGUACACUAAACAAAAUGAUAAAAUAUACAGACCACAAAUUCAAAUGUGCUAUUCUUAAACUCUCCAACAUUAUCCUCAGCUCUGGUAUCUUCCCCAAUAUUUGGAACCAAGGUCUGAUCACCCCAAUCUACAAAAGUUGAGACAAAUUUGACCCCAAUAAUUACUGUGGAAUCUGCAUCCAGUCAUCUUGGAAAAAUCCUCUGCAGUAUCAUCAACAGCAGACUCCAACAUUUCCUCAGUGAAAACAAUGUCCUGAGCAAACGUCAAAUUGGCUUUCUACCAAAAUAACGUACGACAGACCACGUAUACACCCUGCACACCCUUAUUGACAAACAAACAAAACAAAAGCAAAGUCUUCUCAUGCUUUGUUUAUUUAAAAAAAGCUUUUGACUCAAUUUGGCAUGAGGGUCUGCUAUACAAAUGGAUGUAAAGUGGUGUUGGGGGAAUAACAUACGACAUUAUAAAAUCCAUGUACACAAACAACAAGUGUGCGGUUAAAAUUGGCAAUAAACACACACAUUUCUUUCCACAGGGCCGUGGGGUGAGACAGGGACAAGUUCAAACACCCAAUUGAGACAAUGCAUGCAGAAUUCUGCAACAAUAUACUUUGUGUGCAACGCAAAACCCCAAACAAUGCAUGGAAUUAUAUCUGACCCUAAACAGAGUACACAGGACUAGAAUACCUGACCACAGUGACUGACCCAAAAUUAAGAACAUCCUUGACUAUGUACAGACUCUUUGAGCAUAGCCUUGCUAUUGAGAGAGGCCGCCAUAGGCAGACCUGGCUCUCGAGAGAAGACAGGCUAUCUGCACACUGCCCACAAAAUGAGGUGGAAACUGAGCUGCACUUACUAACUUCCUGCCAAAUGUAUGACCACCUUAGAGAUACAUACUGUAUUUCCCACAGAUUACACGGACCCACAAAGAAUUUGAAAAGAAAUCAAGCAUUGAUGAACUCCCAUAUCUGUUAGGUGAAAUAAAAAAUAUAAAAAAUAUCGCAGCGGUGUGCAAUCACAGCAGCAACGAGUGCAGCACAAACAUUGUAAAUACCACCAAUAUUUACAGUGGGGAAAAAAAGAUACAGGUCAAUGAUACAGGUCAAACUUUUCUGUAAGUCUUCACAAGGUUUUCACACACUGUUGCUGGUAUUUUGGCCCAUUCCUCCAUGCAGAUCUCCUCUAGAGCAGUGAUGUUUUGGGGCUGUCGCUGGGCAACAUGGACUUUAAACUCCCUCCAAAGAUUUUCAAUGGGGUUGAGAUCUGGAGACUGGCUAGGCCACUCCAGGACCUUGAAAUGCUUCUUACGAAGCCACUCCUUCGUUGCCCGGGCGGUGUGUUUGGGAUCAUUGUCAUGCUGAAAGACCCAGCCACGUUUCAUCUUCAAUGCCCUUGCUGAUGGAAGGAGGUUUUCACUCAAAAUCUCACGAUACAUGGCCCCAUUCAUUCUUUCCUUUACACGGAUCAGUCGUCCUGGUCCCUUUGCAGAAAAACAGCCCCAAAGCAUGAUGUUUCCACCCCCAUGCUUCACAGUAGGUAUGGUGUUCUUUGGAUGCAACUCAGCAUUCUUUAUCCUCCAAACACGACGAGUUGAGUUUUUACCAAAAGGUUCUAUUUUGGUUUCAUCUGACCAUAUGACAUUCUCCCAAUCCUCUUCUGGAUCAUCCAAAUGCACUCUAGCAAACUUCAGACGGGCCUGGACAUGUACUGGCUUAAGCAGGGGGACACGUCUGACACUGCAGGAUUUUAGUCCCUGGCGGCGUAGUGUGUUACUGAUGGUAGGCUUUGUUACUUUGGUCCCAGCUCUCUGCAGGUCAUUCACUAGGUUCCCCCAUGUGGUUCUGGGAUUUUUGCUCACCGUUCUUGUGAUCAUUUUGACCCCACGGGGUGAGAUGUUGCAUGGAGCCCCAGAUUGUGGGAGAUUAUCAGUGGUCUUGUAUGUCUUCCAUUUCCUAAUAAUUGUUCCCACAGUUGAUUUCUUCAAACCAAGCUGCUUACCUAUUGCAGAUUCAGUCUUCCCAGCCUGGUGCAGGUCUACAAUUUUGUUUCUGGUGUCCUUUGACAGCUCUUUGGUCUUGGCCAUAGUGGAGUUUGGAGUGUGACUGUUUGAGGUUGUGGUCAGGUGUCUUUUAUACUGAUAACAAGUUCAAACAGGUGCCAUUAAUACAGGUAACGAGUGGAGGACAGAGGAGCCUCUUAAAGAAGAAGUUACAGGUCUGUGAGAGCCAGAAAUCUUGCUUGUUUGUAGGUGACCAAAUACUUAUUUUCCACCAUAAUUUGCAAAUAAAUUCAUUAAAAAUCCUACAAUGUGAUUAUCUGGAUUUUUCCCCCUCAAUUUGUCUGUCAUAGUUGACGUGUACCUAUGAUAAAAAUUACAGGCCUCUCUCAUCUUUUUAAGUGGGAGAACUUGCACAAUUGGUGGCUGACUAAAUACUUUUUUUCCCCACUGUAUCUGUUUAUUUAUCUUCCCCCUACUAUUCGUACUACAACUAUUUGCACAUUGCAUCUGCUAAAUGACUAAAAUGUAAAUGUAAUAAACACUAUACAUAGCUGGUAAUUCCUAAUUGUUUUUUAUUUAUAUUGUUUUGUCUUCUCACUUUUGGGGAGGGAGAUCUAUCUAUCUACAGUGCAUUCGGAAUGUAUAUUCAGACCCCUUGACUUUUUCCACAUUUUGUUACGUUACAGCCUUAUUCUAAAAUGUAUUAAAUAAAUAAAAAUCCUCAUCAAUCUACACACAAUACCCCAUAAUGACAAAGUGAAAACAGGUUUUUAGAUUUUUUUGCAAAUGUAUAAAAAAAAAACAGAAAUACCUUGUUUCCUUUGAUCAUCCUUGAUGUUUCGACAACUUGAUUGGAGUCCACCUGUGGUAAAUUCAAUUGAUUGGAUAUGAUUUGGAAAGGCACACACCUGUCUAUAUAAGGUCCCACAGUUGACAGUGCAUGUCAGAGCAAAAACCAAGCCAUGACGUCAAAGGAAUUGUCCGUAGAGCUCCGAGAAAGGAUUGUGUCGAGGCACAGAUCUGGGGAAGGGUACCAAAGAAAUUCUGCAGCAUUGAAGGUCCCCAAGAACACAGUAGCCUCCAUCAUUCUUAAAUGGAAGAAGUUUGGAACCACCAAGACUCUUCCUAGAUCUGGCCGCCCGCCAAACUGAGCAAUUGGGGGAGAAGAGCCUUGGUUAGGGAGGUGACCAAGAACCCAAUGGUCACUCUGACAGAGCUCCAGAGUUCCUCUGUGGAGAUGGGAGAACCUUCCAGAAGGACAACCAUUUCUGCAGCACUCCACUAAUCAGGCCUUUUUGGUAGAGUGGCCAGACAGAAGCCACUCCUCAGUAAAAGCCCGCUUGGAGAUUGCCAAAAGGCACCUAAAGAACUCUCAGACCAUGAGAAACAAGAUUCUCUGGUCUGAUGGAGCCAAGAUUGAACUCUUUGGCCUGAAGUCCAAGCGUCACGACUGGAGGAAAUCUGGCACAAUCCCUGCGGUGAAGCAUGGUGGUGGCAGCAUCAUGCUGUGGGGAUGUUUUUCAUCGGCAGGGAUUGGGAGACUAGUCAGGAUCGAGGGAAAGAUGAACGGAGCAAAGUACGGAGAGAUCCUUGAUGAAAACCUGCUCCAGAGUGCUCAGGACCUCAGACUGGGGUGAAGGUUCACCUUCCAACAGGACAACGACCCUAAGCACACAGCCAAGACAACGCAGGAGUGGCUUCGGGACAAGUCUCUGAAUGUCCUUGAGUGGCCCAGCCAGAGCCUGGACUUGAACCCAAUCGAACAUCUCUGGAGAGACCUGAAAAUAGCUGUGCAGCGACGCUCCCCAUCGAACCUGGCAGAGCUUGAGAGGAUCUGCAGAGAAGAAUGGGAGAAACUCCCCAAAUACAGGUGUGCCAAGCUUGUAGCGUCAUACCCAAGAAUAAUCUAGGCUGUAAUCACUGCCAAAGGUGCUUCAACAAAGUACUGAGUAAAGGGUCUGAAUACUUAUGUAAAUUUUAUUUUUCCUAUUUAUUUAUACAUUUGCUAAAAUGUCUAUAAACCUGUUUUUGCUUUGUCAUUAUGGGGUAUUGUGUGUAGAUUGAUGACGAAAAAACAACUAUUUAAUCAAUUUUAGAAUAAGGCUGUAACGUGACAAAGUGGAAAAUGUCAAGGGGUCUGAAUACUUUCCGAAUGCACUGUAUAUUUUUUCUGAGUUGUUGUUUCUGCAUUCCCUCUCCAGAGUCUGACACUGCACUGCCACCACUGUGCCCUGGUGACCAGCUCCAGCCACGUGCUGGGCAGCGGGGCCGGACCUGACAUCGACCGCGCCCAGUGUGUGAUCCGCAUGAACGAUGCCCCCACCACGGGGUUUGACCGUGACGUGGGGAGCCGGACCACCCUCAGGGUGGUGGCUCACUCCAGCGUGUUCAGGGUGGUUCGACGGCCAGCCGAGUUUCUCAACCUCACAGACCGCCAGGCAAAUUCUGCAGUCAUAUUCUGGGGACCACCCACCAAGAUUGGUAGAGAGGCUAAAGGAACACUGUACCGUCUGAUCCAGAGAGUCAGCAUGACCUACAGUAACCUGUCCAGCUUUACCAUCACUCCCAGCAAGAUGCACAAGUUUGAUACACUGUUUCAGAAGGAGACAGGGCGAGACAGGUGGGUAGAAUGGAAAGCAGAUAUGGUGACAGAACAAUGGGGAUAAUGCAAAAAUCAUUAAGUACAAAUUCAAUAUGGAAUUCAAUUUAUGAAUACAAUUUAUUUUGGCACUAUUCAUCUAUAAUGAUGCUGAGCACAAUGUGGAGAUUUUUCUGGGAUCUAAUGCCAUUAUCAAAAACUACAAAAUGCUAUUUUUUGUUAACAUUUUAUUCUAUGGUUUCCUUCCACAGAGCAAAGUCUCAGUCCUGGUUGAGCACCGGCUGGUUCACCAUGGUGAUCGCCAUAGAGAAGUGUGACAAUAUUAAAGUGUAUGGGAUGGUUCCGCCCAGUCACUGUGGGUGAGUAUAAACUAAUGAACAAGGUUACACAUAAGAGGAUGAAUCAAUCUAUCAAGCACUUAAAUCUAUCAGGCUAUUACAUUGUUGUGUGUAAUCAUAAAUUAGUAGUUAGUGAGCAAUUAGUUAAUCAUCUAUACUGAUUAUUAUGGAACCAUUGUCUGCAAUUGACAGGAUUGCUUUCAUAUGAAUAAUAGAACAUUGUGUAUUAUGGUUGUCUCUGAAAGAAGCCUGACGAAGACCUUUGGGUCGAAACAUUGCACUAUAAAACAGCGGGGGGAUAAUUCAACAAUGUGUGGGCACCAGUCUUCCUUGUUUAUGAAGGAGCCUUAUGGUUAUUGCUACCCAAUGUAUGCUGGUUGUCUUGAAGCACAUUGUCAAUGUAAUCAUUUGUAACACCUCUUCUUCCAGGAAAAAGCCCCAGCCCAAGAAGAUGCCUUACCACUACUAUAAACCCAGAGGCACAGAUGAGUGUGUGACCUACCUGCAGAACGAGAGGGGCCGGAAGGGGCCCCACCAUCGCUUCAUCACGGAGAAACAGGUGUUUGCACGCUGGGCCAAGCAGUAUAACAUCACCUUCGCCCACCCCACA